AUGCCGCUGGUGAAACUUUCUGGGGCACCUGGGGCACCAGCGGCACCGGGCGCGGGUCAACAGCUGGAGGUCCACAGCUUUGAUGAGAGUUUCUCUGACAUUGGUGAGGGCUUGGAUUCCAGCGAGGAUGAGGCGCCAGUCUUCAAGAAGAACUUGCGGGAUCCGGAGGAUGUUGGAGGCAUACCCUCCAACAUUCCACGACGUUGCACAGAUGUGAAUUGGAUGUUUGGUUAUUUUGCCUUCUCUGCACUGGUUGUGGCUAUCUCCGUCUAUGUGUGGCCUUUGGGGGCGCCACAAGCGCUUCUGAAGCUGACAGACUGGCAGGGAGACAAAUGUGGCCUGGGCGACAAAUGGGACAAACCCCACCUGUUCUUUUGCCCUUCUGCGCACGACCCAGAGCGCUUGCAGAUGUGGUAUCCUAUUUGUGUCAGCACCUGUCCUCAAGGUGAGGCUGUGGUCUGCCCCAAGAAUCUGAACCAGGAGACGACCACCACGAGCACCACAAGAACAACUGCCAACUUUUAUGGCUCCAUCAGGGAUGCCAGGAACGGCGGGCUGCCAUAUCCACCGUAUCCUUUGCCAAGUGUUUAUCAACGCUAUCGUUCACAACACAGCUUCAGUGAUCAACCCUACCUACAACCGGUGCCGAACUACCCUCCACCCAUCUAUCCACCUGGACCACCGGCGGGUCCCUGGGAAGGGACCCCAUGGCGGCGGGAUCCUCUGCAAGAUCCUGGGGACACAGCAACGGCGGCUCCAGCAUCGGAUUUGCGACAACUGGAGGUGUUCCCCAACACCGUUGUGUACAAUGACUGGAGAGGGAACUUUACAAUGCACCAGAUCAAAUCCUACACGUCAGCUCCUUUUGUGGAUAUGGUGUGCAAACCAUGGGUCUACAAGUUGGAAGUUCAAGUGCAGGAGUGGAUUGACGAAACGCCCUUGGUCAAUUUCUGGGCCACUCUGAUCAACUCCUACUGGCCAUUAUUGGUGGAUGCUGGAAUGGGUGUGGUCAUGAGCUACGUCUUCAUGACCUUGCUCCGCUUUCGAGCUGCCAUCCUGGUGAAAGCUGGGAUGGUUCUGCUGACACUCGGGCCUCUCAUCACUGGGCUCUACUACAUCUAUGCUUGGAGGCGUGGAAACGGCGAAAUUUGGGGCAGCACGGGUGCGAAGUUUACAGAUGGUGUGGUUGGCUUCACGGGUAUCUUCACGGGUCUAACCUUGUGUACCAUCACCUAUCGACUCCAGGAGGCUACUGAUCUUGCUGUGGAAUGUAUCGAAUGGUCCUGCAAAGCCGUUCUGGAGACGCCGUCGUUAAAGUUGGAGCCGGUGAUGGCGCUGUCCACUCGAAUUGUGGUGGACUUGGCCUGUGUGGCCGUGAUCAGCAUGAUAUUGACAUCGGAGCUGGAGAAAGAGGUGAUUCACAACCACAAUGGGCAACAGCAUUGGAUCAUCCCCUGUCAAUCAGAAAAACAACUGGCGAUGCUGGCAGCGGUUGGUUUCUGGGGCUUGUGGACCAACAUGAUCAUCACCGCCAUCUCGGACUUCGUCAUCAUGUACACUGCGGAGCUGUGGGUUUUCGCGGGUGGCUUGAGCCGGAGUGGAGGCCAUGCUCCCUUGUGUUGUUUGCUGCGGGGCUACUACACGUGCCUUAGAUACCAUUUCGGAUCUAUGGUCAUUGGUGGCCUAGUGGUUGGAUUCUGCCAGCCCUUUCGACUGGCUCUGGGCGUGAUUGCCUUCGUUUUGCAGUUUCAGGGCUGCUCCUGCUCCUUGCUGACCUGUUGCUGCGAUUGGCUCGUGGACAUGUAUUUUGAUCAUUUUGAGCCGUGGUGCCGCAAUGCAUACAUGGAUUUGGCGCUAAAUGGGCAGCCAUUCGUGAAAUCCGCUUUGCAUGCGUCAUUGGUGAACGCCGAAUUCAUGACCACAGUGAACAUUCUGAACGGUGCCACCUGGGUCUUCCAAUUGGCCGGUUUGGGGGCAAUCACCUCACUUGGCCAUAUGCAAGCUUGUGUCAUCAUCAGGUACUACCCUGGCUUUACAGAUCCCUUCAGCGGAGACUUCGUCCAGAAUCCCUUGUUCCUGUCUAUCUUGGGCUCGGUGGUGGCAUUUGUCAUGGCUUUUCCCUUCAUGAUGAUCUUCGACACUGUGUCUGACACGAUUCUUUUUGCUUACAUUGUGCAGAAGAUUCGGGAAGAGAAAGACGAGACACCCACCAUUUAUUCCAGAGCUUGUGGUUUCGUGGAAACGGUCGAUGACUACAUUGGAUUGGGCUGUUUGGACAGGCGCAAGAAGGACUAUUCGAUGCCGAAAUUGUUCCAGGAUGAGGAUCCUCCGGAUGAGGACUUAGCUGCCGGAGUCCCGUCCAUGGCACCCAGCGAUCCGCUCAGCAUGACCAUGCCCUGA